CCUCUCCUCUCCUGUCCUCUACAGUUUGCCUACAAUUGUGGGAACUUUCAGCAGGACGGACGGAGGAGGGGGGUCGGCCGGAGCACGUGAUUGGCCAAGAGGCAGGAACCACUCUGACAUGAUUGGCUCUGAGCCUGGGAGCUGUGAGCAGAGUUCCCUCCUUAUUCCAGAGAGCAUCAGUAAGCAGCGGAGUGGGACUUGCUGUGUUAGAGAUGCACACCAGAUACUUUUGUUUGUUGUGGUUUAUCUGAUUGGGACUCUCAAAGGACAGACAGAACACACUGUACGGUGGCCAGGAGUGGAUGAAUAAACUCUUUUCUGGAACUUUCUCAAAAGGAUAUUAAAGGUGGCACACACCAUGCAAAAGAAUGACCGGUCCGGGGACGACAGCCAGCGAGACAGUGUGUCAGAUGAUUCAUCCGACUCCCCAGAGCCGGGGCCAGUCACCUGCAUGGAGCCCUUCCUGGUGCGGAGGCUGUCUUGUCGGACGGUCCAGUUGCCCCCUUUGGCCUUUAGACAAGCAGAGCAGUACUACUGUGAUCGCAAGCCGGAGCCAGACACAGUCACAGUUCCACCACGGCCCACCACACUGCCACUACGCACCCCGCCACUCAUCGCCAUCACCUCCGCUGACACUUGCAGGUAG